UGCCCCUCUGAUCUCUGCUUCUUCUUUCACCGUAUAACAGUAACUCCCAACUCCCCUGGCCCUGAAUUUUCCCCAAAACCGUGCAGCGGCACAAACCCUAGUUUCUCAAAAUUCCAAGAAAAAUGCCCAAAUCUGAAGCAUUUCCGUACACUCAACGCUCGAAUCAUCUGUCUUCCCCUCUAAUUUUCCUUUCGGCCUUUUUCUCAGUUCUGCAUUUCUCGCUUUCGUUACCCAACAAACCCCAUUUUGGUUCAAACCUUGUUUUAAUCGGCGACGCCAAGUUCGCUAACAACAGCUCUUGCAUUCAACUGACUGAUCACAAAAUUUCCUCUCCGAGCUCUGGAUUUCUGAUCCAGAAAAAGCCCAUUAGACUUUUGAGCUCGACCACGAAGUCAAGGAAGCCGGUUUCAUUUUCCACUGACUUCACUUUCUCGAUUUCUCCUCAUAAUGGUGAUGGUCUGGCCUUUCUGAUUGUGCCCAGAAACUUCCAGUCGAAAUUUUCUACUGGGAGUUUUGGGGUUUCGAAAGAAAGUCGGUAUCUUGCUGUUGAAUUUGAUACUUCGCUUGAUGAGAAUGUCGGGGAUUUGAAUGCAAACCAUGUUGGUGUUGAUGUGGGUACUCUUGUUUCUGUGAAGACAAGCGACAUUUCAUCUAUCAAUCUGGUUUUGAAUAGUGGAGUGAAGCUGCAUUCUUGGAUAGAUUAUGACUCGAGCUCAAAAAGGAUUGAGGUUAGAUUGAGUAAAUUUGGCAGUUCCAGGCCCUAUGAUCCUCUGUUGGUGUAUCAGGUUGAUUUGGGCGAAAUGUGGAGAGAUGAAGAAGUCCUCGUGGGGUUGAGUUCAUCUAGUGGAAAGUCGAUGCAGACUACUAGUGUUUAUUCCUGGAAGUUCAGAACGAGGAGUAUUCCAAAAUGGUUGCAUUCUCAACCGUUGGAUCCACGAGCGUUUUCCAGCAAGCAUAGCAAAGAGAAAUUGGCACAAAAGAGAAAGAUAUGUGCUUUGGGCUUCCUUUCUGGACUGGUUUUCAUGAUAGGGUGUGGUGCAUUGCUUGCAUUAAUUGUGCUGUUCCUGUGGGCAUUAUUUGACAACGGCUCAGAGACAGUCUUAACAAUCCCAACCAAGUGCACAGCACCUUCAGGGGGUUUCAGGUAUGAAAAGAUCAAUGUAGUUGUAGGGGAUAACUCAACUGAUGCCAAGAACUAGACUACGCUAAUAUUUACCGUCUGCUUGUGUAUUUAGUUUUGUAAUAUAAUGUGAUGGACCAUGUAACGCCGUUCUAGACCUUGAAUGGAAGCAGUUUCGUUUGUGUAUA